AUGAAAGCACUGGUGGGAAUCACUCCAACAGGUUACUUCUCCUUUGUUUCUAAACUAUGGACUGGAAAUGUCAGUGACAGAUACAUCACAGAAAGAAGUGGUCUACUGGACAAACUUGAAGAGGGGGAUUCUGUUAUGGCCGACAAGGGGUUCAACAUCAGAGAUCUGCUUACAAGAAAGAAAGUUGCACUUAAUAUCCCACCACUUUGCAAAGGUACCUUUCCAAUAAAGGGAGCUAAUGGGGUAGGGGUGGAAGAGGGUAUGCUAAGAUAAAAGAGAAGGUCUCCCGGGACAAAGUAAAAAAAAAAAAACAAAAAAAACCCCCAGAUAUAACAGCAUCCAUUACUUGUUGCUUGUAAAAAGGAUCUUUCUAACUAAAAAGAAGAAGUUUCUUAGGAAUAUUUUUUAUAUUAUAGGGUUAAGUUGAACUGCUCAAAGAUAAAGGUAGUCUCUACUAACUUCCAAACAUGUCUACGUAGCAGGGGUGGAUCCAGAAAAUUCAGAAAGAGCUGGUGUGAGGCAGUGGUUUGCCACUUCCACCCAUCCAAUAAUUUAGUACAGGUUUUGUUUGGAAAAAAGGUUUCCAAAAAGCAAGUACUUUACUAUCAGUACCUUUUGAAUUGGCAUUUACUUCAUUCAAAAUCCUUUUUCUCCUCUUACACAGGAAAGCAACUUUCAAAAAGGCAGUAAAAUCUACCCGCACCAUUGCAAGUGUUCAGAUCCACGUUGAACGUGCUAUUGGACGCCUUAAGGACUUUAGAAUUCUACAAGGAACUUCCUUCUUCAAAUGCUACCCACUGCAGACAAUAUUCUAA